AUGGCUAGAAACCAGAAGAAACAAGAACAGGAAUCUGUUCCUGAAACCCCAGCUACCACUUCAUCUGCUGCUGAACAAGCUGCUGGACAAACUAUUGAUCAAGGUCCUGAAGCCCAAAUGUUUGUUACUGCUGACCAAUUUGCGGAAUUUCGUCAACAAGUGAUGGAAAUGUUCAAACAGCAAAGCGAAACUAUCACUAACCAAAUCUAUAAGGUUAUCAAUGAGACCAAUGCUGCUCAAGCUGAAGCUAUUGCCGUCAACCGUGAGAGAGAAAACGUUUUGGAUGAACAAGCCAAACGUAUUGUCGAGGGAGCCCAGGAAAAAUUCGACCAUGUUGAUGAGCAUGUUGACGCUCAAGCUGAAUUUAUUCAAGCCACUGCUCAAAAGGUUGAUGAAUUGGCUGCCAAAAUGGAGAAACAACGUUCCAAUCCAACCUUUGGUCAUGAUAAUGAUGCUCCUCCAGGUCAAUGGAAUGUUCCUCCAACUGCUGACCAUGCUUUUGGCCCACCGCCAUCUCAGGCUUAUGGUGCACCUCCUAAUGAGUUUGGUUUUGAACCUUAUGAGGACGAACCUUCCCCAGUCUCCCCACGUGAAAUUGCUGCCCAAAUUCGGAGGGUUAUGCCAACGUUCAUGGUCCAAGCUUUUCCCCCUCUGCCACCUGAAGCCGAAUUUAUUGAAGAAGUCGCCAUGCUUCGUUUACACGAGCUUGUCGUUAAAGGGAAGAGUGUGGAUAAGCAUAACGAUGCUAAAACUCAAAAAAUGGCUUAUCAAAAAAUGAUGAGUGCUCCAUUUGGUAUUCCAGCUAAUUUUCAAAAAGGCCAAUGGGUAUAUCGUAGACGAAAGAAACUGGCCAAGAAUCAAUAUAAUUUCGAUGGUCCUUUCCUUAUUGAAGAAGUUCGAAAUAACAAUAGCUAUAUCAUUUCUCGAAACGGAAAAAGGGAAAAGGGAACUUAUCACCAUGACAUGUUAAAACCUGCUUUUGCUCUUGAAGAUUCUCCAAUCACGGCCUUAUCAAACUUUCAAAAAUCCAUGCAAGAAAUCGAACAUCGUGUAUUAGGUAAAAUGUUCGAUGAGAUUAAGGUACGGGUAAUAAUGUUGUCGGAUAUUAUGAAGAAUAGAAAACCCGUAAAAAUUGACGCUGUGAUGACACAUCCUCAAUUUUAUGAGAGAGAGAGAGUGAUGUUGUAA